AUGUCGCCCGAUCGUGAAGCAUCGACGGCCAAGGCCGCUCGCAAAGCCGCUGCAGGUCAUAACCAGGCUGACGGGCGCAAGUCGAAGAUCAAGCGCGCUAGCAAACGGACGGAGGAACACAAGGCUGAAAUGAAGGCCAAGAAGCUCGCCAAGUUGGCAGAUCCCCACACGCUAGAGAAGAAGCGCCUGCGGCUGCUGAAACGACACGAUAAGCUUCAAAGUCAGGCCAAAAAGCUCUUAUCCGAUGCCGCUGCGGCAUUGGCUCAGUACGAGGCCAUGACUGCCGCAAAGGAGCGAGCUCAAGGGCAGGCCAAAGCUGCUGCAAAUGACGAGGAUGCUGUAACCGAAGAUGGAAGCGACGAAAGCGAUUCCUCUUCGGCGAGCUCGAGCGACGACUCCGUCAUCCCAGCACCCCCCGCGGACGAGAUCGCCCUCAAGCGACGGCGAGAGAGCGAUGCAGCCUCCAUCAAGAGCGCCGGUGCCUCCGCCAUGUCCGAGACGUCGGAGAAGAAGUCGGCAAGGUCCAAGAAGGACAAGAAGAAAGCUGAGAAGCGCAAGCGCGACGAAGAUGCCGAGGAAGAGGAGGCAGGCAAGCCUCUGACCAAGAAGUCAAAGGACAAGAGGGAACGGUCUGAAAUAGAGGCGGUCAAGGAAGCGAAGGGAAAGAAGGAAGCAAAAGCCAGGGUGGGCAAGGAAGCCGAUGUCCAAGACGAUGGCGAAGCCGCAUCGACAGCCGAGGCCGAGAGGUGGAACGUUGGCGAAUUGGAUGGAGGCUCCGCCCGACAGGCAAAGUUCCUGCGCUUGCUAGGAGGCAAGAAAGGUGGGGCCGUUCCGACAUCGAAGUCGUCAAGGAGCGAGAUCAAAGACAAAUCUGCCUCCAGCCAGGCCGAGGAGGUCAUCCAACGCCAGUUUGUAGAGGGCAUGAAGGCCAAGUUUGACGGUACCAGCAAGCGUCGCGGCUUGGGCGCAUGA